UGCCUGUAAGUUAACGGCACUCCGCCGUCUUAUCUCCUUUUUCCCGCUGCCAACAUCCUUCUUGCCGCAUCGCCCUUCCCUUCCAUGGCCGUUCGGUUCCUCCUCUCCUCCGCAUCAAAACCCCCUCCCCUAAUGCAAAACCCUAUCGCAAACUCCCACGCAAAACCUCUUCUCAGCUUCGUCUCCAGAAUCCCUUCUGGUUUCUGCCUCGACAGGCGAGAAAUCGUAGUGUCCAUCGUAUCCUUGACCGCGGCAUUGGCCCUCGGGGUCUCUCCUCUCGAUUCCCUGUCGGAGGUGACUGAGCCUCCUCCUCGCGAGCCUGUGCUCGCCGGAAUCGCUAACACCAAGUCAUGGUUUCAGUUCUACGGCGACGGGUUCUCGAUCCGCGUCCCGCCGCUGUUCGAGGACAUCAUGGAGCCAGAGGAAUAUAAUACCGGAUUUUCAUUCUAUGGGGAUAAAGCAAAACCUAAGACAUUUGCAGCUCGUUUCGCAUCCCAGGACAGGUCCGAAGUUCUCACUGUGCUUAUUCGACCAUCAAACCAGCUCAAGAUCACAUUUCUAGAGGCAAAAGAUAUUACAGAUUUAGGAUCUCUUAGGGAAGCUGCAAAGAUAUUUGUACCUGGUGGUGCAAAUUUGUAUUCUGGCCGCACCAUAAAGAUUAAGGAAGAUGAAAGUUUUAGGAUAUAUUACUUCUAUGAGUUCGGCAUCGAUACACAACAUGUUGCUAUGGUGGCCUGUGUAGAUAGUGGAAAGGCAUAUGUAGCCGGUGCAGCGGCACCUCAGGAUAAAUGGGAUGAUGACGGUGUCAUGCUACGAUCUGCUGCAAUUUCCCUUUCAGUUUUGUAGUCUCUUCCACGAUGCAACUUUUUAUAUUUUAUGGGGAAAGUCGAGGCAUUGUCCAGAAUUUACUGGCAAAUUCACUUGGACGAGUUUGCUUGGUCCUGCUAAAUAUUCCAGGUAAAAAAAAUGUUGGUAAUUUGUUUUUUUUUUUUUAAAUCACAAUUAAUUUAUGAUCCUUUUCUGGAUGAUUAAUUUAUGAGCUAAUGUAUCUGCGGGAUCAUGAUUAAUUUAUGAGCUAAUGUAUCUGUGGGAAA